AUGGGCCUGUUCUGCUGCUUCUCUGGGGGAGGCCCGGCUGCUCACCAGCCAGAAUAUGGACCUGAACCACCACAUGAAGAGCACAGCACACAAAAUCCGGGGGAGGCCAUAGGGGCACGGGAAGCGAUAAGCUCAAUCCUAUCGGAGCGCGAGGUCCCUUCAAGGCUAUCUGCGCGCGACGUCCCUUAUGGGUCUUUAAGUCGUGCCAGUAUUACUUCUCAGAUAUCUCAGCACCGCUGGCUGGGCGCCUACCUGCCGCUGAUAUCACUCUACCUUGCGGAGACGUCGGCGUUGAAGCUCGUCAAUUUUACGGAAAAGAUCCAAACGGCGGUUGGUCUCAACCAACUCGCCUGGAUCAUCUCCUCAGAUCUCGACACGUGGUUUGACUGGUGCCAUCCGGACGAUACGGAGGCGCGGCUGGUGCUGCUCGCACCGGAUCAAUCGGCAGCAAUGGUGCUGUCGAGAUCCGUGGGCGCCCUUCGCGCCUUUGACCCGGUCAACUCCAUCGACGUGCUCGUGUCGGGCGGCAUUCGAUCUGGCCCGACAUUCAACACUCGUCGAACCUCGACCAACGUCGAACAGGACUUGGGCGGCAUCAGCGGCAUUCGCCGCGAUCCGUCUUUCGUAUCGCGCGGCUUGGGGCCGGGAAGCAACACGGGCGGCGGCUUCGGGUCCUCGAUCGGCAAAAUGCCGCCCGAGGAGGGGCUACUCGGCACUCACAUGUCGCUGUCCAACACCCUCACCCGGCGGUGCCUGGCGGAGGGCUCCAAGCUGCUGUUCGUGGCGGAUGUGAUGGCGGCGUUGAAAAAGUACGGCGAGCCGUGGAAAGACGUUUUCAUGGAGCAGGCGCGUGUGACAAACCCCACGUGGGUCGUGGCCGCUCCAAUCGCACACGGCGGCAAGCAUCUUGGCGCCAUCCUCUGGCUAUCGAGCUCCCGGCUGAAUCCGAACAUGUUGGCGCAGACCGCCAAGGCGACUGUGCCGCUGCUGCUCCACACAGUGGCUCGACAGAUGCAGAUGCAGUACCCCCUACCGUCGUACAGCGGCCAUGGCGGUAACCUUGGCGGUAGCAGUGGCGGCGGCGGCGGAGCCAUCGUGCCGCAGCUACGCGCGGCAAGCACGCACAGUCCGCUACAGCCGUCGCCCCUUCGACAGAUGUCCACAGCGCGUGGUGGCGGCGACGGCGGUAACGGCAACGGAAGCGGCCCUAUGUUCGGGCCGCCGCCACUGCCGGCGGCUGCCGGCGUUGCUGCCGCCGCUUCUACGCCUAACACCAUUACUGGUAGUACUGCUGCUGCUGCUGCUACGGGAGCUGGCGGCGGCGAUGUCGUGUUGGGCGCCAUCGACACGGUGGCGGAUGCGGUAGAUGUGGAUGUGGACGUGGAGGUUAUUGCUAAGGCGGGUCAGGGCGCCUUUGGCUCCGUCUACGUGGCCCUCUGGAAGGGUCUGGUGGUGGCGGUCAAGGUGAUGCGGCAGCAGGCGGAGGGACGUCGCGCCAUGCGGACCGCAUGGGAGCUCGCCGUCACAAAAUCCGUCAGCCACCCCAACAUAGUCAUGGUGUACGCGACCUUUACCGACGUUGUGGUGGUGAAGCUGUCAAAGCGGUUGAUUCGGUUUGUGCCGGCGGCGACGAACACUGGCGGAUCCGCCGUUGUCCGGCAAUAG